CAGAGAGGUCUGGAUGGAGGGAGGAAGCUUUAAUCCGUUAUUUUUGAGUUUUUGACCUUUUGCUUGGAGACGAGGCCUCUGCAACUCUGGGCGGAGGUGGUGUUCACUGCGACCUCCUGACUGGGCUUUGACCUCUUCUUCUUCUUCUUCUUCUUGUCCUAUCAGGAGGAUUCUGACGCCUUGUCCGUGGUGAGCAGCUACUGUGAUGUCAAUGGAGGUCGCCCGGGUUACGAGGAGUCGUCUUUGUGCAUCCUGAGCCCCGACUGUGAGCUGUACAUCUGCGACGGCGACGACGACGACGACAGCACCGACAGCUGCCGAGACCAGAGUAGCGACUACCGGGAGUUCUGUGGAUCCGUCAGCGCGGAGGACGACUACCUGCCCAUUCGUCCCUGCUGCCGCCGCCGCCGCCAGCGCCGCUGCUGCUCCCCCAAAUUCACCAUGACCCGGCUUGACCCCCCACCCCACCGGCCCAACCCGCGGGCCGCCUGGAUGGACAACGCUCGGAGUAGAGACGACUUCAGCAGGCGCUCAGGGUUGAAAGACGAUAGAGAGAAGCGUGAAAGUGGCUACUUCUCCCUGGGGAGGGCGGCCGGCGCCAGUACACUCCGUGAUGACAACCCCCCUGCUCCUUACCGCCAUUUUGAAAGAGGCCAUCCCAUCUUUGGCACCAGAAACGUUGAGCCCAAAGACGCCGUCCCCUUUAGGAACCCAAACCUCGGCAUGGCCUCUGAAAGACAGAUACCGGAGUUUCUAAACGAGGACUUGCUCGAUGAGAUCCCUCCUCCCGACCCUUAUGAAAUUGCGGUUGAGGUUGAAGCCCGGGUCGGCCCCCGCUCCCCGAGCCCCACUCCUUUCAAGAUUGCCGAGUCGCUGGCCUCAAGCGGACGAAAAGGCUUCGGCGGCUCAUAUACCCGAGGAAACAUUUCCCCUCGCGCCACCAGCUCAGGGCGUCACGAUUCCUCGAGGCAAAGCUCCGCUCUGCAGUCGCGAGCUUCUUCUCCUCCUUCGCGUGGAAACUCGGGCUUCGGACGCAGCGAGUCCAGCACCUCCCUCAGCAGGCGAAACUUUGACGGCGGAGGUCGGACACAGGGGACGGAGCCUGCGUCCAGAAUCUCCUUCCAAGGAACACAAGGGCGACGUGCCGAGUCAGGAACUCUGCCAAGGAACUUCAAAUCCUUUGGUGGUUCGGUCAAAUCCCAAUCCAGCACGGUCUCUGAUUUUAGGAGCGCCUUACGAGUCAACGCUUCUUCAAGCGGUCGAGGCGCCGAGAGCAGAUGCUCGUCUCCUCCUCUGAGGAGGGACUUUAACUCUUCGGGGCAAAUGUCUCCUCGCAAAACUGAAAUCACCAGUAGUUUAUCACGUGGGUCCACCACUCGUACGUCCUCUCCAUCUCCAUCUAGGAGAGCUAACGACAGUUCCUCGCCGCCAAGGAGGAACUACGGCUCGUCCAGCCAGAGCAUCCUUCGCAAAUCUGAAUCAGUCACGUCUCUGAAUGGACGCGGGCACCAUGGACGCUGUGGCUCCCCCAUAAGAGAAGGAUAUGACAUCGAAAGCCAAGCUCUCCUGCGUACCUCAUCGUCUAGAAAUGGACUGAACGAACAAGAACAGGAGUCCCUCGUCGUGGCCCCAACGAGACGAGCUUACGACGCACCGACUCAGUCCAUACUCCGUAAGACUGAAUCGAGUCCAGCUGGUACAAGUCGAGGUCGGGACAGUCGUUCUACCUCCCCUGGACGGAGAAGCUAUGAAGCCCCCACUCCGUUUCAACUUAGAAAAGCUGACGCCGGUGAUUCAUUCCACGGUCGUACUUCUGGAAGUCGUAACUCCUCACCUUCAAGGAGAAGCCACGAGUCUCCAUCUAAGUCUCCACUGCGCAAGUCUGAGUUUACCAGCUCGGCCAGAAGCCGUGACAGCUACAGUUCGGUGACUUUAAGGAGCAGCCACGACGCUUCUGACCAGCGCUUGUUAUGCAAAGUAGAAACUAGCAGCUCCUUAAAGGCUCCAAACACCCGAAACUCUUCUCCUGCUAGAAAAGGCAACAGUGAACCUCCAGGAUACUCGAUCCUCAGAUGUGCCGCUAACGGAGACUCAAGUCGUUCCUUUCACAGAAAAAGCCCAAACAACGACACAAAACCUGAGUCCAAUCGGUCGUGGCGAGGUUCCACUCAUUCCCUCCGCAGCUCUUCGUUAUCUCGCGCUGCUUCGCCUUCCAGACAGACGGGAAGUGGCCACAGAGCAGCUUUUGUCACCUUGGAAACGCCCAAGAGCCCCGGCAGCCUCAGAUCUGGAGCUGGUAGACGAGGUCACGAUGACCACUGCCCCUCGCCUAACGACAGGAGGCCCUACCACCGCGCACGGAGCCCUUCUCCUUCACCGCACGUUCAAAUCCAGAGGCACACCUCCUCGCAAAGCUCCAUGGAGUCCUCGGAGUCCGGGCAUCUCUCGAUGGGAUCCACGGGGAGGAGCAGGGAGGAGUACGCCGCGCUGGCUGACCUGCCGAAGGUGAAAAGGAUCCACGAGUCCGAGGGUCUGAGCUACGCGGGGCGGCAGCAGAACCAGCAGCCCGUUCGAAGGCAGGAGCUCUUCAAACCAGCCAGCCACUCUCUGAGCAAGUUUCCCUCCAGAGAGUGGGAAGACGCAGCGGAAACUGAGAGGGAUUGGCACUACGGUGGCAGUGGGUAUCUAUCGCGAGCUCACUCCACCACCUCGUUACAGAGAUCUGGCAGUCCGACUGCCGAUGAGGGCAAUGCUUGGAAAGCUGGUCGUCACAGAUCGGAACAAAUGCAGGCGAGUGUGUUUACAGUAAACACGCGACGAAGCGGCUCCUCUGGCCAUGUGGAUUUUACCACUUAUAUUUGACAUUCAUGUAAUAAACCUGCCAAUGCGCCAGUAAAAGUUUAUAGCUAUCCAAACAUCCUUCUGUUACACAUUCACUAGUGUUCGCUCAGAUCCUGUCUGCGGCUGUAAAGUUUUGUGUGUACUUGGCACCUUGACUUGUUAGAUAUAUGUAUGUAUGCAUGGUUUAUAUAUAUAUAUAUGUAUAUAUAUACACACACACACAUAUAUGCUGCACGCUCUCUUUAAAUCACCUACACCCUACAGUCAUUUCACAAGACUGAGCUUUGUCAGUUGUGGUCUGCUGGGGCAUGUGUUGAAAUUCCUGAACAGAAACCAAUAGCUACCCAGAGAGGAUUUUUGCAGAGGAGGAGGGAGGGUGGAGUGCUACUUUAUUUGCAAAGAAUUUUUUUUUUUUUUUUUUUACAUGCAAGAUUUUCAAUUUUAUAUCCUUAUUU